AUGAGUCUUCCUCUCAUCGUUGCCUAUCGCAUGGAGUACACUAGCGUCUUCGGACCGAACAGCAUCAGUUACCUCCUCCGCGUCUUCGGUGCCAGAGAAGCCAAAUGGCCUCGGGAUAAGGUUUUCGCCUUGAUCGGGAUAUCCAAAACAUACGCCGCCGAUCUCAAACAGCUUGUGGACUAUAAGAAAACAACGACCGAAACGGAAAUCAUGCUGGACCUUGCCCAUUUCCUGCUCGACCACAAAGAAGCCAUAGAUGUGUUGGACUUUGCUGGCAUUGGAUCCCACGGCUACAACUUGGACUUACCGUCCUGGGCAGUCGACUGGACCGUACCGCGCUCAGGCAUGCCACUCUACACCGAAUUUGCGCCCGAAACCAUCAAAUACCACGCCACCAAGAACCAGCGCGCGCACAUGAUCCGGGGCAGCUCCCGCCGUGAAGUCAUCGUCCGAGGCCAACUCGUCGACCGCAUCGCCUCUAUAGCACCCUUGCCCAUCCGAGAAGGCAAUCCAUCAGACUCAACCAUAGCAACACUCAUGUCAUAUCCCAACACCGCACUCACUCACGCCCGCAGACAACUCCCGGAAUCCUACCGCCAUAUGCACUCCCAACCUCUCGCCGAAGCCGUCUGGCGCACACUCAUCGGCGACCGCACACACUCCGCCCGCCCCGCGCCACCACACUACGGCGCCGCGCUGCUCGCGCAAGUCGAAAUGAUGCUCUCCAUGGGCGCACUUGCGCAAUCAUUUCAACCUAGCCAAAUCAUGACCGAGGCGAAUUUAUCCCGACUACACGCGCAAUUGGGCGAGGAGCGCGUGCGCCAGUUCCAAGAAGCCAGUCAGCUCCUGCAGGAGAUUGACAUGUUGUAUGAUGAUAGCAAGAACCAGGCGCCGUUGGUGUUUUGUACGACGGAGAAGGGGUGGAUGGGUAUGGUGCCGAGGGGGAGUGAGGUGGACGAUUGGGUGGGGUUGCUUUGGGGGAUGCAUGUGCCGUGUGUGCUGAGGGAGGUGGGGACGAGGUGGAGAGUUGUUGGGGGCGCGUAUGUGCAUGGGAUUAUGGAUGGGGAGGGGGUGGGAAGGGAGCUAGAGAGGGAUUUCAGGGUUGUUUGA